CAAAAUUUGGCUUCGUUUUCCCCCGAUGGUUUGGCCUAAACUGAAUUUUAUUCCCAGCCCUGUAGGAGAGAGUGUGUGUGGAUAGGCUCAGCUAGAUGACCCUUGAGGAACAGGGUCCCUCGUGCAUCCUUGGCUGGGGAAUUCUGGGAGUUAAAGUCCACACGUCUUAAAGUUCCUAAGAUUGACAAAGGCUGGAAAUGCAAAGGUUGGGCUUCUGUUGCACACUGAAUUAUAUUUCUGUGCUUGUCUUUUUUUCUUUUUUUUUUUUGCUAUAUUAUCAAAUGUUCUGUGUUUGAGGCUUUUCCUUGUCCCAGCCUACCCUACCUCGUAGGAUUGUUGUGUUGUUGUUGGCAGAAGGCUUAGCUGAUCUUUUCAUGUUCUGAUUUUUGUGGCUGCUUUUGAAGAUAAGAUGACUUUCCCGUCCCGGUGGCAGCCAGAGGGAUGGAUAACUGACCUUAACUCUGCUCUCCAGAGUUAAAUUGCAAGAUUUGCAUAGAUUGAAUGCAAGCAGUUGUAAGUCUGUAAUUAGAAGCACCCAAUAUGCAAAAGAGAUGCCACGGGAUGUCCUCUCUCUCACACACACACAGACCCAAUUGAGAUGCAAAUUGUCAGGAUAUCAAGAGUUGCUCUUUUAAAUAGCCCACCCACAGAAUCAUUCCUACUCAGGAAUAGUGUUGAGAUUUUGGACUUUGCUGGAUGACAGACAGUUGACGCGGUCACUUCUGGAGUCCUUCCUAUUCUCGUUGGGAGCUGGGGCGGGGGUUAGAGGCAGGAAUUGGGGUCCGUGGUUUGGAAAGAAAAAAGCAACGGUUUGCAUUUUUUGUUUAUGGUUUAUUGAUAAUGCUGGCUCUUCAAAUUGUCUGAAAUUAUAGACUUUUAUUGGGAAGUAAGUUCGAAUUAUAGAUUUGCCAACUGUGGGGGUUGGACUAGAAGACCUCCAAAGUCCCUUCCAACUCUGAUAUUCCGUUAUCCUUUUACAAGAAGAAAUAAGUUGAUAGGGAAGGACCUGAAGGUUUAGGAACGGGGGUGAGCACCAUAAAAGGUAUUUUCUUCUUCCUGGACAUGAAGUGUCUCCUUUAAGGACCUCCCAUUGUUGGUCUUCACCCCCUUGUUCAACGUUGAUCCUGAGAGAAACCCAAACCCGGCAUCCAAUCAGCUAUGCCGAAGUCCUUUCUGAUAAAACGCCGUAAAUCGGCACAGCUAGGAACCCGGAAUUGGGGUGAACUCUCGGACCGGCUCCGGGGAGACUUGUACGUACCAGGUAGGUUUUUCCGUGCCAUUGUAACUUCGGUCAGUAGGCAAACUGUCGUAAGUUCAGGGUUCCCUGUAUUUGCAACAGUCACUAAACGGAGUGUCCAUGUUGGCUCCCUCGAUGUCUUAGAGACCGGAGCAGUCCCGGCCCUCGUCCACCCCACAAUUCUCAGCCUCAGCAGCAGGAGCGAGUGGGACGGAGGAGACCCCCACCGCCUGGCCCAAAACCCGCUUUAUUCGCAACCAUCUGCUGUGGGAAAGCAUCUUCCGGGGAACAAGGGCAGGGGGCUCCCCCUGCAGGUGGGCUUCCAGUGCUCCGUCUGCAGCAAAUGCUUCCCGCUGCAGCGCAUGCUGAACCGCCACGGCAAGAGCCACAGCCCCGUCAAGAAGCACCUGUGCCACUAUUGCAGCAAAGGCUUCAACGACACCUUCGACCUCAAGAGGCACCUGAGGACGCACACAGGUAUCCGUCCGUAUCGCUGCUGCCUCUGCGACAAAGGCUUCACCCAGCGCUGCUCCCUGGAGUCUCACCUGAAGAAAAUCCACUGCAUCCCCCAGACUUACGGCUACCGGGAACGCCGGGAAAAGCUCUUUGUGUGUGAGCAGUGCGGCUUCACCUGCGGCAGCAGCGACGAGUACUAUGGGCACACGCGCCAGGGCCACUUCGCCAGGCCCCACCUGGGGGACAACUUCCCCAAGCCCAGAGCAGUGGCUUUUCAGCCUCAAUUGCACCUUCUACUCAGGUAGAUGCCAAAGCAGGCAGGUGUGUGUUUUGGGGUUUUUUUUUUUUUAAAUAUAGGUAGUUCUCAACUUACAACUGUUCAUUUAGUGACCAAAAUUACAAUGACGCUGAGAAAAAAUGACUUAUGACUGUUUUCACACUUACGACUGUUGCAGCAUUCCUGUGGUCAUGUGAUCAAAACACUUGGCAACUGACUCACAUUUAUGACGGUUGCGGCGUCCUGGGGUCACGUGAUUCCCCAUUUGCGACCCUCUAAGAAGCGAAGUCAAUGGGGGAGCCAGAUUUGCUUAACUGGGGCAGAAAAUGGUUGUAAAAUGGGGCAAACCUCACAUAACUGUCUAGCUAGGGAAACCUGGGGCUCAAUUGUGCUCGUAAGUUGAGGACUACCUGUAUAUGUCACUGUGCGGAACAG